AAUGUCAGACGUAGAUAUUGAGGACACUAUAAACAGAAUUAAAAAUCAUAAAUCAGUUUAAGGCAUAGUGAUUGUAAAUCAUGAAGGGACAAUUACAAGGACAACUUAUUUGAAUGAGAAAAAGGAAGAAGGUAACUGUUAUAUUUGAUUGUUUAUUAAGGUGAUACUAUAGCCAAAUCUAUACCGAUUUUAGCUUAGAAAGCUAGAUCUUUAGUACGUGACUUAGACCCAACAAAUGAUUUAGCAUUUUUAAGAAUAAAAUCAAAGUAAAAUGAGAUUCUGAUUGCACCUGAUAAAGACCUUUUAUUGAUUGUUAUUUAAGGACCUAAAAAAUAAGGAGAAGAUGAUUAAUGAUU